GGCUUUAAAAGCACGUGUCAUCUUGACUUCGCACUCAGAAAUCACACCUAGUUUCUAGGAAAUACGGCUAGUAGGAGAUCUGGCGUGAAACACGCAUGAGUGUGUUUAAACUUCAGAUGCCAGUCGAGUGGAGAAAUAUUUUCUAAAGUGUAAGUUUCACUGGCAGGCCGAAGUGACCUGCAUUUAGAAUUGGUUGACAUCCGAUCUGACCGCACCGGACCCUACUCUUACCUUGGGUUGUUCUUGGGUAAAGUAAGCGGUGAUGACCCUGUCUGGAGGCAACAGUGCCAGCGAUAUGUCCGGUCAGACGGUGCUUACAGCCGACGAUGUGGAUAUUGACGUGGUUGGAGAAGACGACGAGGGAAUGGAGCGGGACAGUGAUUGCGAAAGCCAGGGGAUCCAAGACCGAGGGGACGAGAUGGAAGAGAUCGACGUGAAAGAGCGCAGCGGCAGUCCCUGCGAAAGCUCCGGAGAGGGAGAGAAGGGGGACGGACAGGACAGCUCCCCCGGUGCUAUCCAAAGCAAGCCGAAGAACAGCCUGGUGAAGCCUCCCUACUCCUACAUUGCACUCAUCACCAUGGCCAUCCUGCAAAGUCCACAAAAGAAGUUGACGCUCAGCGGCAUCUGUGAGUUCAUCAGCAAUCGCUUUCCUUACUACAGGGAGAAGUUUCCUGCAUGGCAAAACUCAAUAAGACACAACUUGUCCCUCAACGACUGCUUUGUCAAGAUCCCGCGGGAACCAGGCAACCCUGGAAAAGGCAACUACUGGACACUGGACCCCGCGUCAGAAGACAUGUUUGACAACGGUAGCUUUCUUAGAAGGAGGAAACGAUUCAAGAGGGUCCAGCCAGACAUUCUCAGGGACCAGACCGCACUCAUGAUGCAGAGUUUUGGGGCGUAUAGCAUUGGGAAUCCUUACGGUCGUCACUAUGGAUUUCACCCGGCAGCCUACACGCACCCGGCGGCUUUGCAGUACCCGUGCAUAUCCCCAAUGGGUCCGAUGCUUCCCCCCGCCGUCCCCUUACUGCCAUCCGCUGAGUUAAAUCGCAAAGCCUUUAACUCACAGCUUAGUCCAAGCCUACAGCUUCAACUCAACAGCCUGAGCACUGCGUCCAUGAUCAAGUCUGAACCUUCCAGCAGACCAUCUUUUAGUAUAGAGAAUAUCAUCGGGGUAUCCAGCACUUCGUCCAAUGCACAGACUUUCCUGCGGCCUCCUGUAACCGCGCAGUCUUUACUGGGGGCACAAUCUCUGUCUCUCACCCGGACAUCUAUCGCCCCUAUACUCAGCGUCCCUUCAAAUAUUAUUUCUGGACAGUUUCUGCCUACAGUAUCAUCGGCAGCUGUUUCCAAAUGGCCGUCCCAAUGAUGGGCCUAAUAAUAAAAAAUAAUAUUUUUUGUACACACGGUUUUUGGGGGGAAGACUGUAGCCUACAGCACGAAAGAGGCUCCACUGGACACUGUAUGCCAAAAUGUAGCCAUGUAAAGAUUUUAAAAGAGAAAAGAAAAGAAAAGGAAUGCUAUCUGUACAGGUAAUAUUUGUAAAUAUUUGUACAAAGAAAUCACUUAAUAUGUUUGGAUUUUCCUGUUUUGUUUCAUAGUUUGGACUGUAUGAAAGUCGCUAAAAAGGCUGUCUUAUUUUAUUUUUAUGUUAUUUUUUUAUUGAAAACUCAGUGCGAGUUUUUUCCUUUAAUUAUGACAUUUUGUUUUGUUUUUACAACAAAAUAUACAAAUGUUCUUAUAAAAUAGAACGA